AUGACAACUGAAAUGGAACAAAUCAUCAAAAAACAAAAACUCGCUUCCACAGCCUUAAAAGUCUUCUUACGUUCCCCCGCCGCCAAACUCCCAACUAAGGGAUCUGCAUUAGCUGCCGGCUAUGACCUCUACGCAUCCCAACCAGGUCUCAUCCCCGCCAAAGGACAAGGUCUUAUCGCUACUGAUAUUUCAAUUAUCGUUCCAGAAGGGACAUAUGGCCGUGUAGCCCCUAGAUCGGGCUUAGCUGUCAAGAAUGGGAUUUCGACUGGUGCUGGUGUUAUUGAUGCUGAUUAUAGAGGAGAAGUUAAGGUUGUUUUGUUUAAUCAUAGUGAUAAAGAUUUUGAAGUUAAGGCUGGGGAUAGAAUUGCACAAUUGGUUUUAGAAGUUAUUGUGAAUGCUGAUAUUGUUGAGAUUGAUGCUGAUGAGUUGGAUACUACUGAAAGAGGUGCUGGUGGAUUUGGAUCUACUGGUAAGAAUUAA